CAUUAAUUUUUUUCAAGUGACUUGCUAUGUAGAGGGUGGUAAAAGGUGGAAAGUACUUUGCACGUUGCUAUGCCAGUUGCAGUGAACUGAAAAGUGAUGUCUUCCAGAGCUCAAAUCAAGUCGGAUUCUGCCAGUAAUGGUGCGGGGAGAGGGAUGGCCAAUGGUCAUAGUGCCAGUAGAUCUACAACAACGUCUGGGUCUGGGACAGAGUAUCAUUGGCUCAAGAUGCUCACCAUUGGAGCCAGUGGAGCUCUCUUUGGCUAUGCUGCUAAGAUCACUAAUGUGUACCUUCCUCAAGUGAUUCGCAGUCAGAUGGUUUUCCAGGACUUCACCAUGCUGAAAGUCUUCCUUGCCGCCACUGUGGGGGGCACAGUGUGGUUUAUGCUGCUCUCCAGACUCUCCUCCACUCGUGGCCUCUUUCAGUCCAUUCGGAGAAAUUUUGCCUCCUGUAUUCUAAGUAAAAAAAAGUUUGCUUUCAUUGGAGGUGGUCUGAUACUAGGCAUGGGGAUGACCAUCUGUGGAUCGUGUCCUGGGAUGGUGUUCACUCAGGUUGGGAGUGGGAACAAGGGAGCAUUGUACACUCUACUGGGCUGCUUCAGCGGGGCCCUGAUAUAUGGAGUGCUGGAGCCAACAUUGAGAAAGUGGUUCACUAAACCGGUGGAACAGAAGCAGACUGUUUGGAUUGAUGAAAUGGCUGGAGUUUCUUACCUCGCAGCUGCCCUUCCCUUUGCUGUCGCUCUGGUUGGUGGACUGGUACUCACUGAGCUGUACAUACCCCCAAACAAACUGGCUUUGCCAGCGGUGUCUCAUCCAGUUAUUGGAGGUCUGAUAAUGGGCUCUCUGCAACUACUUAUUGGCUUUACAGUGGAGGACAGCCUUGGGGGGAGUAGCUCUUACUGCACCAUUCUCUCCAGAUUAGGUCUCUCUUCUCUCAUCCCUUACUUUGAGAACUACCGCACUGGUUUUGCCAACUGGUGGCAGGUGAUCUACUGGCUUGGUGCUGUGAGUGCAGCUGCCCUGACCUCCUACGCCACUGGGACGUGGGCACGAGGGGACCCCAUCACUCCGGGUAUGGGCCUCAUUGGUGGGUUCAUGAUGGUGUUUGGAGCACGACUAGCCUCUGGAUGUACAAGUGGUCACGGUCUGUCUGGAAUGGCACUGCUGUCCUUCUCCUCUUUUGUUGCGGUGGCCGCCAUGUUUGCUGGAGGGAUUGGUCUGGAGAAUGCUGUUAGACUCUUGCAUAGCUAGAAUAAACUCAUGUCAUGUCCUGAACUGUCCUGUGAUCCCCUAUACCCAUUUUAUUUAUUUGUAUUUUGCUGUUGUAUCCAUGCAAUUCAGUGUGACUGUAAUUGAACAAUUCACAACAGUUUUUGUUCUGUUUU